GGGCCGGAAGCGCCGGGAGAGAAGAUGGCGGCAGCGCGCGGCUCGCUCCUUCUGCUGCUGCUCCACAACAGCCUGGUCCAGCUCGCCUCCGGCGACAUCACCGACGGCAACAGCGAGCACCUGAAGCGGGAGCACAGUCUCAUCAAACCCUAUCAGGGAGUGGGAUCCAGUUCAAUGCCACUAUGGGAUUUUGGUGGAAGCACAAUGUUGACCAGUCAGUAUGUUCGACUGACCCCCGAUGACCGCAGCAAAAGAGGAUCAAUUUGGAACCGAAUGCCAUGUCACCUGAAGGAUUGGGAGCUCCAUGUCCAGUUCAAAGUUCAUGGAUUAGGGAAAAAGAAUCUCCAUGGUGAUGGGUUUGCUGUGUGGUACACAAAGGAUCGACUAAUCACUGGCACUGUGUUCGGAAGCAGAGAUAACUUCCACGGGUUAGGAUUGUUCAUAGACACGUAUCCAAAUGAUGAGAACACUGAUCGUGCCUUUCCUUAUGUUUCGGCAAUGGUUAAUAAUGGGUCCAUGAGUUACGAUCAUGGCAAGGAUGGACGACCAUCAGAACUUUCAGGAUGCUCCUCAGAACUUCGAAAUGUGGACCAUGAUACCUACUUGGCAAUUCGAUAUUCCCGCGGCAGAUUAACAGUGAUGACUGACGUAGAGGAUAAGAACGAGUGGAAAGAAUGCAUUGACAUCAGUGGAGUUCGAUUGCCGACUGGCUAUUAUUUUGGUGCUUCCUCAGCCACUGGAGAUCUAUCAGAUAACCAUGACAUAAUCUCCAUGAAGCUUUACCAACUCACAGUGGAGCACACACCAGAGGAUGAAAGUAUCGACUGGACAAAAAUAGAGCCUAGUGUAAGCCUCUUGAAAUCUCCGAAAGAUAACAUAGAUGAUCCCACAGGGAAUUUCCGGAGUGGGCCACUUACUGGCUGGAAGGUUUUCCUGCUGCUGCUCUGUGCCCUCCUAGGAAUCAUCGUGUGUGCUGUGGUGGGCGCUGUGGUUUUCCAGAAACGCCAGGAACGAAACAAAAGAUUUUAUUGAACAAAAAUUUGGCCGCAGCUACCAUUUUAAAAAAAAAAGUGAAUUUUUUUUCUACACGAUGGUUUAUAUGAAAAGUUUAUAUCUAGAAAGGUGUAGAAAUUACAAAUAUUUUCAUACGUUUCUAUAGACGAGAAAGGGCUUGUGGUAGCAAAUGCUCAGCACGAAGGGGACAAAGGGGCAGCCACAAUCCCUGACACUCUGUAGAGAAGCGCCUUGUUUUCUUUUUUUAUUAAUGUGUUUGUUGGAAACAAAUCUGAUUUUUAUUUUUGGGGGGAAAUUGUUUCACCUAAAGAUGUUUGCUUUUAAAUAGAACCUUUGCCAAUGGAGUCCAGCCCUUUUCAGUUCGUGAAUGUACGGCGACCAAGCCAGAUAGAUGUACAAUGUGCUAUCGGACUAGCUAGCGUCAUACCUUACGAUGCGUCCUGCUUGAUGCGUGAAGUCUUUUGCGGUUAUACGUGCUAACUGCAUCAGUCUGUCACUUCAAAAUUAAACUCAGAUUUUGUGGGAAUGGAGGGGGCGGAAAAGGAGUUUAAAAAUAAAAUUGUGUUAGACCACUUUCUGUACUUUCUACAAAUCAAUUCUUGCUGGUGUCUUUUGAACUGAAUUGGAUCUACCUGCUCUUGGCUGUGCCUGUAUUUGCCAAGGAGAUCAAUGCUUUAGACUACCUUCAUGUAAACAAGCUGAAGCUUGCAUACAGGCUUAUGAAAUUAAAAUGUAGCUCCUUCAUACGUACUCAAAUGAUCGAUGCUAGAUCGAGGUCCGGUCUGCUUAUUCAAGGUGAACACUGAAGAUCUUGUGACAUUAUUUUAAAAGGGAGUUACUUCCAGUAUCUUGGCCAGGGAUCCUCUUGAUGGGUUCUCUCAUUGUGGGACUUUUAUGUGCACAAAUUAUCGGGCCAGCAAUUGGUGUUUUGUUGUGAUCACUCACUAUUUCGGAAUUUUUUUUUUCCUUUUGCUGUCCAUUCUCCUAAAAUGCUCUGGUUGGAGAUUUAUGGCAGUCCCCAAUCUGCAAGUGAGCUCGUGAUUAUAAUUCAGUUGCUCUCUAACUAAAAAUGGCCCACAUCAACUUGCAAUUCAUUGUCUCACAUGGCCUGGUCAUGACCUGUUGGAAAUAAUGUGAAUUCAAACUCCUUAUGAAGUUACGCUCAUUCCGUCCGAAAGAAACCGCUUUCUUCUGCUGACUCUUAAGUCAGUUGAAUGAAUCUGAAUCCAUCUGUUAACUGUUAUCAGAGUUCAAACAUCACUGACUGCCAGUUUAUGAUGAAUUAAUAUUUGUUCUUGUUUUGCACUACUCGUAUGGCAAAGGGUCCUUGUGCUAUGCUUGAGAUAACUGCUGGUUCUUCCUGUGAUUGAUUGCUCUAACUAGUUCAAUUGGAUUGUGGGCAGAAGGUUCUAAUUAUUGAGAUUCAACAAAGUUACUGUCCUGUUUAAAUGAGGGGUUUCAAAACACAAGUUGUAUUCGUGUGACAUCUUUACAAUAAUGUAAACUGGAAUAAACUUUGUGUUCUGGGUACUGGUGUAAUUAAAACCUGGUUAAUUUAUAACCACUUUCUGCUGUAAA